AUGGACUCCAUCUGCAUGUCGGCUGGCAGUGCCACCUACCUGCCCAACGGUGUGACCAAGAUGGGCCCCACCACUGCCACCACCACCAGGGACUGCUCCGCUAGGCUGGCACCGGCAUCCAUCAUGGCAUCUGCGACGGCGACAACGGCGGCAGCAGCAGCAGCAGGGGUGGCUUUCAUGGCAGCCGGCAGCACGGUGGGCAUCAUCGGCUCGGGGGACUUCGCCAAGAGCCUGACGCUGCGGCUGCUGCGGAGCGGGUUCGGGGUGGUGGUGGGCAGCCGCUACCCCAAGAGGGCGGCGGAGCAUUUCCCACACGUGGUGGACGUGACACAUCAUGAGGACGCCGUGGAGAAGGCAUCUCUCAUCUUCCUGGCUAUCCGCCGUGAGCACUACGCCUCGCUUUGGGGCCUGAAGCAUCUGCUAGCCGGCAAGGUGUUGGUGGACGUCAGCAACAACCGCCGCCGGGACCAGUACCCCGAGUCUAACGCAGAGUACCUAGCCUCCCUCUUCCCAGAGUCCUUUGUGGUGAAGGGCUUCAACGUGGUGUCUGCGUGGGCCAUGCAGUCGGUACAGAGGGAUACGUGCAGCUUGAUCUACAUCUGCAGCAACUCCCUGGCCGCGCGUCAGCAAGUCAUGGAGCUCUCCCGCCAGAUGGGCUUCAGCCCCGUGGACAUGGGCACCCUCUCCUCGUCGCGGGACAUCGAGCACCUCCCGCUGCGCCUCUUCCCCGCCUGGCGCGGGCCCGUCCUCUCCGCCGUGGCCCUCUCCAUCUUCUUCUUCGCCUACGCCUUCGUGCGGGACAUCCUGCACCCCUACCUGAAGAGCGGCCUGAGCCUCUUCUACAAGAUCCCUGUGGAGGUGGUCAACCACACCGUGCCCUGCGUAGCCAUCACUCUGCUGGCGCUGGUGUACCUGGCGGGCCAGUUGGCCGCGCUGCACCAGCUGGGCUAUGGGACCAAGUACCGUCGCUUCCCCGGCUGGCUGGAGGGCUGGCUGGCCUGCCGCAAGCAGCUGGGGCUGCUCAGCUUCUUCCUGGGGGCCGUGCACACACUCUACAGCCUCUGCCUGCCGCUCCGGAAGUCCGAGAGGUACCUGCAGAUGAACAUGGCCUAUCAGCAGGUCCAUGCCAACAUCGAGGACUCGUGGAACGAGGAGGAGGUGUGGCGUGUGGAGAUGUACGUGUCCUUCGGCAUCAUGAGCCUGGGCCUGCUGUCCCUGCUGGCCGUCACCUCCAUCCCCUCUGUCAGCUCCGCCCUCAACUGGAGGGAGUUCAGCUUCAUUCAGUCCACGCUGGGAUACAUUGCCCUGUUGAUCGCCACCUUCCACGGGCUGCUGUUCGGCUGGCGCCGGGCGUUCGAGGAGGAGUCGUACCGCUUCUACCUGCCGCCCAGCUUCGUGGUGGCACUGGUGCUGCCCGUCACGGUGGUGCUGGGCAAGGUGCUGCUCCUGAUGCCCUGCCUCGCCCGCAAGCUGCACCGCAUACGCCGCGGCUGGCAAGCCGACCAGGGACACCGGGACCUCCACCAUCCGCCGUUGCUGCUGCGUGGCUCAGCCAAUCAGCUAUCGCCCGAGCGCGUCACCAUCAUGUAG